AUGGUAAAGGCGGAUGUGAGAAAAGAUUAUUAUGCAGAGCUCGGUCUUGAUGCUCGUGCUGAGCCGGAAGAGAUUAGGAAGCAAUACCGGAAGCUAGCUCUCAAGUAUCAUCCAGAUCGAAACCCGGGCAGAGAAGCUGAAUCCAACGGUAAAUUCCAAGGCCUUCAAACGGCUUACGAGAUAUUAAAUGACCCCCAGUCGCGAACCAAGUACGAUACUGAUCGAAUCCGUACCGGAUAUGGGAAGCAUUACAGUGCUCAACGGACUACUACGGCUUCAAGGACACAGAAUCCCACCUCCCCUUUUACAACCAAUACUUCUCGAAAAACUACAACCUCUUAUAGCAAAUCUAACCAUCCAUCGGCUGCCCCAUUUCCGCCGCCACCACCACCACCACCCACAUCUACAUCGCAAAAGCGUAGCAGCUAUGCAAAGCCUGGAACCCCUAAUUGGGACGAUGCAAGGACUCGAGCUGACGCCUACCGUGGGUUUCAAAACAUGAAGCAAAGCUCUCAUGCCGCUGGGGGAUGGACCAAUUUCGACCCCCGGACAGGCCGCUCAUCACAUGAAGCUGGACGGGCAGACAGGCCAACACCAAAAACCCAUAGUCAACGACCCCAUUCAGCAUAUGAAUCUUAUUUUACAACUCAAAGAUCAGGUUCAACUUCACAGAGAUCCCAUACUGCUAAGAAGAAAAAUGGAUUUGCUCCUGGGACGCCCGGGGGAGACGAACCAAUGGCAAAAGGCACAUCAGCCUACGCGAGUGUUCUAAGGGGUGAAAGAGGGUACACCUCAACUCCCUACUUUGACACAGCACCGUCUCCUACGGCCAAAAAGAAGUUUGCAGAAGACGAGCCAGCGACAUCUAUUCCCAACCUAGAAAGAACCAGUAGUAAAUACGCUACUUCAGGUGGGGAGAAGACGUAUUUUUCAAGCACAGGUUUAGGGCAUGGAAGUGGUGUCCGCCCUACCUUUUUUGACAAUGUGACGUCCCGUCCACGAACGAACCCGCCUAGUCCAACUGCGUCUCCAAAUAGGGGAAGGUAUCACAGUGCAAGCCCCAAGGUCGGACCUAAUCGCAAUCGCGCCUUUUCUUCCUCCUCGGCUUCCAGUGAUUCAGACCAAGUCCUCCCCAGCUUCCGCCCAAAAGCCAUCCCUCGUAGCAGAAUUCGCAAUAAUCGACAAAAGGUGGAUCCGUCCGGUGACCACGUCAAAGAACAUGUUACUGGUGAGCCAUCCUGGGGAUGGGCAAUGCAUGCUGAUUCAUGGCUGUUUGGUAAAACGGGCAAUGAAACUCCAACAUACCCCUCUGCAAGCAAUCCCUCUGAUUUCUACGACUGGGCCGCUAAUUGUAACCCCCACCAAGGUAUGGAAUCAGAAAAGACGUGCCAUACUAGCCAGGGCUCGGAAAACGUGCCAGUGCCUGGAAAUUCGCCGAUACCCCCACAGUCAAGCGCCGCCGGUCAGCAUAAUGACAAAGCAACUUCCGGUAGAGAAAAUGUAAAAACUUCCGCAAGGUGCGAUUCCUCAAAUAAGACACCAAAAUCAACGGAUACCCACAGAGCAACACCGAAAAGCAAAAGUCACGACUACAUCAGUGCCACCUUUUCGUCAGAAGAAUGGAAUGGGACAUUUGGGAAUGGUGUGCACUUUUUCGUCCCGGAUAAUGGAUCGAGUGAUUCCAAGCCAAUGCGAACACGAGGUAGAACUCUAAGCAAACCUGACCUAUCUCCAAAUUUCCAGUCAUCGAAUCCUUUACAAGAAACUACCAAUUCCAACCCAGACGGUUCUUCAUCUCAACCAGUCCCACCGUUUGCAGAAGCGAUAUUCUCAGCUGAUCGUUGGGCAGAACUUCUCAGGGACAACACGUGGACAGUCCCACAUAUCGAUAUAUCUCAACCACCAGCUGACCCUCGCCGCCAAAAAAGCCCAAAAAAGACUAUCAAAUCAAAGCGUUCCACGGUACCACGGCCUGCUAGGGUAACCACUGAAGCAGAAGAAAUUGAAGCAACGUAUACUGCCAAAACGAAUGAAGCCUCGAAUAGCAAUAUGACUGGGGCUACGGAAGCAAUGGACAUUGACGAAGCAUCACCUGCUGGAAAUGUAAAACCUGCAGAGGUCCCCACAUCGAAAGAGUCUGCUAAUUCCCUAAACACUAAGAUUCAGGAUCCGGUUCCAGACCUGCUGGAUUUAACGGAUAUAGGCCUUGUCAACCCCUUAACGGCAACAAAUACCGGUGGCCUUAACGAUCUUAAAGACCUGAACAGCACACUUCCUUUCGAUUCUCAGCCAAGUGUGGAUAAUAGUCGUAUUAAACCAAAAGAUCUUGCCUUACCAAAACCACCAAAACAACCGGUCACUCCGAAAUUUACGGUCAACCCUGGCGUUUCGAACUUGAGUCCAGAGCACAUCAUAGCCCAAACAUUGUGGAAUCGGUAUAUGGCCGAAAUGGCUGCAUAUAUGAAUGAAUGGAAUAGGUUCAACCGAACCAUGCUUUCCCACUUCAAUGCCCGACAGAAUUUUGUUGACACUGUUCUAUCACCUAACUGGAUGAAUGCUAGAGGGGAUAGCGGCCACUUAAGUUUUAGUGGAACUCAAACCUCUGGCAUUGAAAAUAAUACAGAUAGUGACAAUGAAAAUUGUAUAGGAAAUUCAGCUAAACAUGGUUUCAGUGCCUACGUACGUGGCAUGGAAGAAGACUUUGUCGUUCGUCAGCACUGGGAAGUUGCUUGGGAGCGGCAUCGACAAUGUAUUCUGGAGCUUGGACGGCUACGAACCUGGAUUCGAGAAGGGAGAAAAUUACAACCCCCCUUGGGCAAUGAAUCGUUGAUUUGA